AUGUUUAGUUCUAAAUCUCAUUCUGUUUCAAUUUAUCCUUUAGCAAAAGAACUAGUUUUACAAGGAAAUAAUGUUACAUUACUAAAUUAUGGUAUUAAAAGUAUAGGAAAAUAUGAUGGAAUUAUUACAAAGGAAAUAUUAUUUAAUGAUACAGAAACUUAUGAUGCACAAAUUGAAUUUUUUGGUAGAUUAACAUGGUGUAAAUCAUCAUCAUCAAUAGUACAACUUUUAAUUAAAUUAAUGGUCAAUUAUGGUAUGCAUUUAUCUAAAAGUUUUGAUUAUAUUGAUAUUAUUAAUACUAAAUGGGAUGCAGUAAUAGUAAAUGAAGCAUUAUUUGGUCAAGCAGCUACGUCAGCUGUAUAUAUGAAAGAAAAAAAUAAUAUUCCUAUUAUAUCACUUUCUACUACUGAUUAUACUUUUUAUCAAGCUUUAUUUAGAGGUUUAGAAAGAUAUUAUCUUAUUGAAGGAAAUAUAUAUUUUGAUGGAGAAACAAUUUUUAAACCUGAAAAUUUUUAUUAUAGGUUUAAAACAUUUCAUAGUAAUUAUAAUGAAUAUAAUGCCUUUUCAAAUGGUAUUUCUUCAAUAAAUCAAAUGAUUGCUGAUAUUUUUAAUGUAACAAUAUCAUUAGAAAAAUUUUAUUCAUACUCUUCAUGGAAUGUCUUAGAAACAUUUGAUAAACUUUUUCUUCCAUCACCAAUGACAUCUUCAAUUACAUAUACUGGAAGUUCAUGUAAUCAUAUUCCUAAAAUGGAUGGAAUAAUUAAUAUAAAUUCAAAUUUAAAUUUACUUUUAAAUGAUAAUAAAACUAAAGGAAUAAUAUAUAUGGCUUUUGGUUCACAAAUGCCCUGGAACUGGGCACCUCAAAAAGUAAUUAAAAAUUUUUUAAAAGUUUUUAAUAAACUAAAUAAUUAUACAAUUAUUUGGAGUAUAAAUAUUAAUAUAACAAAUUUAACUAUUCCAUCAAAUGUUCAUUUAUUAAAAUGGGCACCUCAAACAAUGAUAUUAAAUCAUAAUAAAACUAAACUUUUUAUAACUCAUGGAGGAUUAAAAAGUUUUAGAGAAGGUAUUUGUGGUGGAGUACCAAUGUUAUCAAUACCAUUUUAUAUAGAUCAAACAAAAAAUACUUUAAAUGGAUAUUUACUUGGUGUAUUAGAAAGAUUAAACAAAUUUAAAUUAUCACCAGAUAAAAUUUAUCAUAAGAUAAUUAAAAUUCUUGAAAAUAAAAAGUAUAAAAUAAAUGUAGAAAAACUACGAACAUUUAUGGAUGAUAGAAUUAUUAAUCCAACAAAAGAAAGUGCUUUCAAUAUCAAAAAAAUUAUUAAAAUUAAACAUAAAUAUCCAAAAAGUGAUGAAUUUUGGCAUAUAAAAGGAAAAAAUAUUAACUUUAUGACGAGGUACUACUUUGAUACAAUAAUAAUUAUUAGUAUUUUUAUCAUAUUAUUGUUGACAUAG